AUGAGCCUUCUCCGUCUCUUAGUAUCUUCCGAACCGCAAUGCGGGGUAUUGGGCGUGCCAACAGGCACCGACGACCAUCAGCGCAUCCCUGGAAUCGAUCGCAGCUUCGACGAAGUGGCGCUCUGGGAAGAGUUCGAGGUCAUAAAACGCUCUGCAGAGUGGCACGUGGGCCAAUAUAUCAAGUUUUGGGAUCGCUGUGAAAAUGCAGAUGGCGACCCUGCGGUGUUGGGCCAUAGCAAACGCCGAAAUCAACUCGACGAGAGCCUUUUCAAGUCCAACGGCAGCAAAGACAGAUGGCGGCUGAAGGUCGAGCACGAUAAGGCUGUCCGCGAACUGCUUACGAUACAGCGCAUCUUCAGCAUUUUAGUCGCGGACGAGGAAAGGAUCACGGGCUAUCGGUGCUACGGCAUAGUAUCCUCCCUGAGCCACGGAGCCUACGUAAGCUUGCGGGUGCUGGUGAUCGAUAAGUGCCGACAGAUGGUAGGCUCGCUAGAAGACCGCGUCCGGACCGGCGCGGUCAACCGGGAAGACCAAGAACUGUUUGAUAAGGCAUGGUUCAUCCCUUUGAACUGGUUUCAACUCGAGGAGUAA